UCGAGUGGAGAACCGCCGGGAAUGGCUGGCGGUGGUGGUUUUGUCACGGUGGCGGCGACGGCGUCGCCUUCGAGAACGAUUGAAGAGCAGAAACUGGAAAUCGCAAAAGCGAUGAGAAGUCAUGAGGUCGCCAUUGCAGAGCUCAAUCAUCUUUCCUCUUUCAGAGCUGUCUUUCAGAAAAAUGGAAACUUAUUUUUUCGCACAACUGUUCAAAAGGCAACAACUUCCGAACAGAAGAAGCUUGAUAUGGCUAGAGCAAAGCUUGAAAAACUGAACUCUUGAUAUGAUGGGAUGAAAUUGGGUAAAUGGCCGAUACUACUGAAAGGAUUUAGGAUAUCGAACGGAAACCGCUUACAAACUCUCAUGAGGAUAGAUUGUAUGAAGAAGGCAAUGUAGCAUCUUGCCUUGCACAUGUUAUGAUGCAACUUUUCACAUGUUAGUCUAAUAUAUCUAUAGUGUUGAGUGAAAGGACAAUACACGUAACAUUCCAUUUCCAUAGGAAUUUGGUUCGUGUCUUAGUUCCUAUGUCAGAUCAUCCUCUCGAACCAGUUACUGAUCAUUUGAGAAAACUUAAAUGAUGAGUCCAAAACAAGUUGAGUAAACUUUAUGGUUCGUAAUAUCAGCCAAUUUGAUGUUAUGUAUUUUUAAA